AUGGCACCACCGACUUUGAAAGGAAAUGAGGGACCUUUGGGGACUGAAGAGUGGAUGCGUCAGAUGGAACGUAUUUUCAACUACAUGCGUUGUAGAGAUGACUCGAAGGUGACAUGUGCGGCCUUCCAACUUAUAGAUGAUGCAGGGCAUUGGUGGAAGUCAGAAACUGCUACCCUUACUGAGGAGCAGGUGAGAGCCAUCACCUGGCGGACAUUCAAGGAGAAAGUGAUGGGGAAGUAUUUCCCAAAGGCUUUUUGCAAGCAAAAGGAGAUAGAGCUCAUGAACCUGGAGCAAAGGAACCUGACCGUGCUGGAAUACGAGCGGAAAUUUACCCAACUAGCUCGUUUUGCCCCUCACUUGGUGGACACUGAUGAGAAGAAGGCAUGGAGGUUCGAGAAUGGGUUACGCCCUGAGAUUGGUGGACAUUUGGCGGCUCUCAACAUCACAUCAUACUCAAAAAUCUUGGAGCGAGCUCAAGCAGUCGCAUCACGCCUCAAACUAGACAACUCGGUUGCUCGACCUCAACAUACUGGAGGAAAGAGGCGGUGGGAUGAUCGAGAAAAAAAGAGAAACAAUCAAGCAGAAAAGAAACCAAGGAGUAAUAUGGGAGACAACCAAGGAUUUGUGCCAAACAAGCCUCUAUGCCCACGUUGCCAGCGUCACCAUUUCGGAGAGUGCAGAUAUGGCGAAAAUGUAUGCUACCGAUGUCACAAAGGAGGACAUAUGGCGAUGAACUGCCCAGAAGCACAGAGAAUAAAUGCCCCGAACAACAUCCCAACCUGGCGGAACAAGAAUAAUAACUGGGGAAAGAAUCAGGGCAACAACAACAACAAUGGUGCUCGUAGGGGAGAGGCACGAGUCUAUGCCAUGAACUAG